ACACCAUCUGGUCCUCACUGGUUGCACUGGACUUCCGAGAAAGGGAUUUGAGACACAGAAACACAGAGAAUGACGGUUUUUCAUUUCUUCAACUGCGCAAUCCUCACAUUCGGCCCUCACGCCGUUUACUACUCCGCCACGCCAUUGUCCGAGUACGACACGCUUGGUACCUCUGUUAAAGCUGCUCUUGUCUAUCUCGGAACGGCUUUAGUAAAGCUUGUUUGCCUGGCAACCUUUUUGAAGGUGUCGGAGAAUGAUAGCUUCGAUCCGUAUCAGGAACUGUUGAAAGCUCUAAUUGGUUUUAUAGAUGUUGCUGGGCUUUACUUUGCCUUGACUCAGUUGACUCACAGGAACAUUUCUCAAAAUCAUAAAUUUCAAGCAGUUGGACUUGGGUGGGCUUUUGCUGAUUCUGUUCUGCAUAGAUUGGCACCUCUUUGGGUGGGCGCUAGAGGACUAGAAUUUACAUGGGAUUACAUUUUGCAAGGCAUUGAAGCAAAUGCAAAUCUGGUGUUGAUUAUAUCUCUUGCUGCAUUGGGAUCUUUGAUGUGGCUCCGGAAGAACAAACCCAGGACUCUGAUUCCCAUAAUAUAUGCAUGUGCAGGGAUUGUGGCAACGAUGCCAUCCAUCACAAGCUAUCUAAGGCGAGGUUUGGGCUGGCACUUUCCAAAGGUGGUAGGGUUUGAACUGUUCACGUCAUUGGUGAUGGCUAUUAUUAGUUGGCAGCUCUUUGCCGCAUGUCAGAGACCCUCUGCCUAAGGAAAGCUUUUCGUUCCUCCAGAUAUUGCUGACUGUAAGGCAAAGAAAGGUCCUCAAGGCAGCAUAAUUUCUCACAGGACCAAUUCUCAAUUAUAUCCCUUUAGAUGGCUUCGCUGUUUUGCCUGAAUUUCACGUUGUUUUUUAUGUGGUCUGAGAAAUUAAUUGAUCUAUUUUUCUCCUUAUCGUGACACUUGAGAGUAGAUUUAGGGAUACAGAGUUUCUGCUGUGUAACCUCAGAUAAAUCUGUUCAGAUAGAACUCAUCAAGAUUUUGGAUGAAAAUUGAGGUAAGUAGGCUUUAUAUUC